GUCAUGCUUAUUGAAUCUAUUAGUAAAUUGAAUAAUUAUGUUCUAUAGUAAAUUUUAUCGAGUGAUGCCUCGAGAAAGUUCGCUUUUAUGUUUCUCAACGCAAUAUUUCACAAUGAAGAUUUUGCUUUUAAUUUCAUUCACCUUGGCAGCGGUCUCUUCCACUCGAUGUACAAAUUCAAAUGAAACUCUGGCUCAUGACAUCACAACACUGCUAAAUAAAAUGAAUAAUUCCUUUUUCAUACCAAGUAUCACCUCUCUAUAUCGUACCUUGAGCAAUAUCACCAUCGCAGGAAUGGACAAUUUUGAUAGUCACUCGUUCGCUGAAAAUUCCGGCCACGCCGUCAGCACUCUGACGAUUAAAGAUAUUCGAGGAACCACUGAUUUAGAUUAUGGUAAUGAAAUAAUUUUUCCAUUACACUUCGAUGUGGAUCACAUUUCGAUAACAGUUGAUCAAAAAAGGGAAUGUAUUAAUGUGACUGCGCACAAUUAUAUCGUUAUUGAGGGUAAAAUGAACGUUGCGUUGACGGAAUAUCAGUCCAAAUGGGUAAUGGAAGGGAUUCAAUUGGCGAUUGCGUCUUCGAUAAUGCCAUCGAUGAAACAUUACAGAAACUCGAAUAUUCCGAAUAAUUCAUUUGAAGAACAUCCGAUUGUAAAAUUAUUUACCAAGUUAUCUCAGCAAUUCGACGGUAGUACGAUACAAAAACUGUACGAUACUUGGAAUAUGACGAUACCAGAAAGUUUCAAGGCAGAAUCAAGUAUCCAAAUAGAAUCAUUUAAUUACAAUAUUUCAAUUGAUGCUAAACCCAGAACAAAAUUGCAACCGUAUCCAAGAUUCUUUCAAUGUUAUCUCUAUAGCAGCUUGGAGAUCCGCUUUAAAAUGAUUUCUUGGUUCGGAAAAAUUAGCCUGUUCAACACUACUUACGAAUUCGACGAUCUUCAUUUCCUUAUGGAGAAUGUUUCCGUUCAGCUAGUAAAACAAGAUAAUUCGAAUGAUUUUGAAGUGGAAUUCAGUCCUCCUCUUGAGGAUGACGUAGUGGAACUGCUCCCAAACCCCCACAAUUUCGCAGAUCACGAACGAUCGCAGAUAGUGCAAGAAACGCAACAAUUGAUGAUCUCGUUGAUCGAGAAAAUAGUUACCCUUUUCGCAGAACCACUGCUUUCUUUGCCUUUAGACUAUUGUACCGCGCCAGUAAAAAUUUUCGACGACUUCCUGCCGUUCUACGCCGAUCACGAAUUACCCUUUCGUAUACCUGAUGGACUUGUUCCUAAGGUAUUCCUUACAACGAAUAUAAACAACGUGAUAAUAACAGAAUGGUCACCUGAAGCUUAUGUUUGGAUUAACCAAAACCUUGUCAAUGGAAGCACGGUAUUAUCCACAGACGUUCUUUUAGAUUUGUCAAUGGCUGAAGUUGAAAUGAAUUUGGAGGACAGACCAUUUGAUAAGCUGCAUGUGACGUUGACUAAUUUACGGAUACAAAAUAACACAAAUGAUGGACAGAUACUAGUAGACUACGAUUGGGAUCAGUAUGAUCCGUUUCAAAAUUACGCGUCUCGAAAAAAUGAAACGGAAAACGACCAUCUCACCUUUCGUGAAAUGUUCUCCAUUCAACAGUUAUUACCACAUAUACUUAGCGAAUGUUUCAAUAAUCUUACAAGUCUUGUUUCUUAACAUUAUUUUCAUUUCAAUCUAUUAUUAAUUUUGUAUCUACUAAUUAAAUGAAUGAAAAUAAUCCUUCAUUCAAAGUUAGGUACCCACUACCCACGUAACACGUCAUUCAUUGAAAAUAAUUGAUUUGAUUGUAAAAGCUU